CAAUCUUUUGAUUAUUUUAGCAUGAGCAUUGCUGUUGAGAACAACAAGCUGUGGGAUUGGCCGCUCCAAGCAAAUGACGAAUUUGUCAAUGUUGUAGAAGACUCAGCGCACUUUGAAGUAGAUUUGGACGCGAAGUCUUUUUUGCCACAAGAAAUUAAGGUGAGAACUAUGGGUGACCUGCUGCAGAUUCAAAUGGAACAUAAUGACCUUGGUAGCGGUAAUACGAAUAUAAGUAGAUGUAUAUUGAGGUGCUAUAAGCUACCAGUAGGAGUCGAUGUUCAGAGUUUGAAGAGUAAUCUCACCAACAAGGGUAUUCUGCACAUUUCAGGGAAGAAGUUUUGAAGAUUUUCAUGGAGCUUUGAAUCUGUACAUAUUGUAUAUUUAGAUGCUCUCUGUUUCUUUCGGAUUCGUUGCUUAUAUCUGCAGUAUAGAAACUCAUAUAGGUUUUGUAAACUUGCUCAUAACAAUAAAUCAUGGAAAAGUCC